AGUAGGCUAUUCAGUACUCAUCAAUUAUACUCAGAAAUGCGCAGAAUCAGUGUUUAUUCAGAUUAGAAUUGACUCAAAAGCUCAAUGGCAUAAUUGUCUCACUGAUUUUUUUUUUAAUGUCUGAAUGUUUAACAAUGGUUUCAUGAGCUUCACUGAUAAGGAGACUACUACCAUUUUGUGUUUUUUGCCACUGAGGUGUUUCUGCACUCACUUUUGGAUGCAUGGUGUUCAACGAAACCAAUCUGUAUUUAUAAAUAAUCAGUUUGCAAAUCCAGUAUAGAAACUGAAAAUGUUGUUUUGUAAGAAAUGGACAAGAUAGACAUCUAGAAUAUCAAGUCCCCAAUUUUCACAACAGGAACAUGAUAUAUGCAAGACAGAAAGUGGUAGCUGCGAAUCCUUCCUGGGUUAAACUUAUUUCUGUAAAUAUGUUGUAAAUAAGAAGGGGAUGGAGAUAACAGUUUGUGGUAAUUGGAGAUCUUUAGGUUAUUUCAUCUAUGAAUGUUCACAGAAACACUUAAAACGCAUAUUAACAAUACUGUUGGCACUAAAUAACACAAAUACCUCUAUGACAACACAAGUGAUAACACUCAUAACGGCAUAGUGCAUCAGACAACAGGAUGUAAUCUUGGUGUCGCUCUUAGUGGUCUUCCGGGGGGCUAGUGCACGUGUUGCUAUCAUUUUGUCCCCCCCCCCCCCCUUUAGAUGUAGCAUUCUUACAUGCAGUGCAGUCGAGAGGUCUUGAGGUGAAAAGGCCCAACUAUAUAAAGUCAAUCACUGUUGAAUGAAGUUAUUGACCAAUGUUCUCUGUUUAAAAGCAUCAUGAGCAACAAGCCCCUUUAAUAAUCAGAGUGAUAAAAAAUCAAGUUUAAUCUCACGCACAGUGGAAAAAUGUACGAUCAAGAUUUAAUUAAGCAAUGCUUGUGCGACAUUAUUCGAACCAAUGAUUGCCUCGUGGCAUUAGAGAAACUCAGUAAACAAUCAGUAUCAAGGGAGAGCGUGAAUAGCUGACUCAUAGGGGAGAACGCCGUGGGACCGACUGAGCUCUACCUAUUCCCUAAAAGUCAUACACAGUAAUUGGUUAAAUCUGCGUAAUUGGCAGUUAUGGUCUGAUUCUAGAUGUUUUUAUUUAGCAAAACUAAUUAUUAAGAGUUAUUACUAAAAGAUCAAUUUGAAGAUUGACGAUCACAUGUUUUUGUUCAGCGGAGUUACACUUUAAUUUAAUUAUAACAGGCUGUUAUGAGCACAAGAAGCAACCUGCACGCGUUGAGGCGAUCAUUGAUGUUUAGUGAUGCGCAAAGAAACUGUGGAAAAUGUCUGCGUCUGCACGUACAGCACAUUUGUUGGUCUCUGCGUGCAUAUAUAAGGCAGCAGUAGUGGGCCAUGUGAAGCCUUGACGUGCCACUCUGAGUCUCACACACAUGUUUGGCCCCAAGAAAAAGCAAGUUAUGUCGCAAUGCAAAGGAUGAUGACAUGUCAGAGGUCCUCACUGUAGACGCUGUCUUGUUUGGGCUCCUUGUCUUUUCUGGCAUUCUCGGGAACAUCUUGGUCAUCCAUGUGGUGUUUCAGUCAGCCUUUGAGAGUCCAUCUCGGAGACUCCCUCCCUCUGAUACUAUUUUGGUGCACCUGUCACUGGCCAACCUCCUGACCUCACUUUUCCGCACGGUGCCCAUCUUUGUGUCAGACCUGGGCCUGGAUGUGUCUCUGUCUCUGGGCUGGUGCCGAAUCUUCAUGCUGCUGUGGGUUUGGUGGCGAGCUGUGGGCUGUUGGGUGACCCUGGCCCUCAGCAUCUUCCACUGCACCGUCCUGAGGCGGCAGCACGUGGCUUGUGGACCUCUCGCACAGGAGAGGGAGAGACGGCACGUUUGGAUUGCUCUGGGGCUGGUGUGGGGCGCCAACCUGGCCUUCUCAAUCCCAGCUCUUGUAUAUAGCACUCACGUCCACGGCAAUGCCACUGUGGAGCUGAUGGUGAUCAGCUGCACCACCAGGCCGCUCCUAGGCUGCGUGUGGGAGUUCCCCUCCAACCAACAGGGCUCUGCCUUCGCCUCCGCCUCGCUCGCGCUCAACGAGGUGCUGCCGCUGGUGCUGAUGGUGUGCACCAACCUGGCCACGCUGCACGCUUUGGCAAAGCACAUCCGAGCCGUCGCCGCGGGGGCACACCCGGGAGAAACCCAGAAGGAGCUGGACAAGCACGUGUCCACGGAACGCAAAGCAGCUCAUGUGAUCGUGUCGCUGGUGUCGCUCUUCGUGGUCUGCUGGGCGCUACAGGUCGCCGCGGUGACGUACUACAACCACGACGGGGGAGACCAUGCCGAGGGGCUGCUGACUGUGGCCCACUUCUCUGCCUCGCUGUUUGUGGGGUUCAGCCCCAUGGUGGUGGCCCUGGGACAUGGUAAGCUGAGGAGGAGAAUCAUGAAUAUGAUCCUGAUGUGGUCCGAAGUUCUUAAAUGCCGCAAGGAGAACAGCGAAGAGCGUAUUAAAUCCCCAAAGGCUAAAGGAAGGAGGGGAAAACGAUCUGUUUUUAUUGUUCAAGAAGAGAGGAUGGUGGUACAAGUGAAAGGGAACGCUCAAGCUGACAAGUGAUGGAAGCAAAGUGUGGUGUUAUUUAAGCUUUUAAGAUAUUUCAAGAAAUUGAAUGCAAUAGCUUAGUCAGAAAUUAUUACAUAUAAUCAAGCGGAGGAUUUAUAUUUUUUAUUGUUAAAACUAUUUCAUCCAAUGCAAUGUAUCAUUGCUUUUCUGUUGUAUAUUUUGAGCUAAUAUGCACUAUGAUGGUUCUUUUGGCUUCAACCAAUAGCAGGUGCAAUGUCUCAAUAGGCUUUACAGUCUGGAAUUAAAAGGUACAAUGGCUCAAACCCUUUUUUUCAAUCUACGCCAAAUAAAAUAUUUAAAAGAUGUCGCCCAAAAACAAGAAAAAAUAAGUAAGCUAUGAGAUUUUCUUUUUAAUUUAAGUUUUAUUCGCAUCC